AUGUUGCCUAAACGUCUCGUCAUUGGCUUGAUAAGCCUUUGUCUUAUGAUCAGAUGCACUGGUGGAAAUGAGAGGUGUGGGGCAUCCAUUAGAGGGGCGUGUCCUCCUGCUUGGAGCCAGUGGGGUGACAAAUGUUACAAGCAACUCAGCGAAAAUCUACCAUGGGCUGAGGCAAACCAGGAGUGCAUCAAGAUGGGAAGUGUCUUGGUCAUGCCACAGUCUCAGGAGGAAACUGAGUACCUUGUGAAGAACAUGAUCUACUACUUUUGGAUCGACUGCAGUGAUCUUCAAGUUGAAGGUACAUGGGUGUGUCAAGAUGGCACUACUGAUGUAGAGUACAGAAACUGGAAGGAUGGUGAACCGAGUAAUAGCGGAGGAAGAGAAGAUUGUGCAGCAGUGGGAAAAUCUGGUUGGAAUGACGUUCCAUGUGACGAUCUCGCUCCUGUUAUCUGCCAACGACCUGCACCACAGCUGCACUUUUAAGUGUCAACAAAAACACUGACUGCUCAUCAAAAAAUAAGUACACAUAGUAAUUUCUUUUCUUUUAUUGUAAAUUAUAUCUCUCAAAAAAGCAAGGUAUCAUGUAGACAGUACUGUGAUUAUGCAACUGAACAAUUUAAGGCAAUCGUACAUUUUGGGCAAACAAUUUUAGAAGAUGAAAAACAAUUUUAAAAUAUAAUAAUAAAAAAGAUUGCUGAGGCAUGAGGUACUCCUUAUUGAAUCCUUUAGUUCUAAACUAAUGUCUUUUUGUAAUUUGCGCUUGUUGGAAAAUAGUUUCACU